AUGGUAGCAAUUGUGAUAGCAUGGUCUAAUUCAAACGUACGACAAGCUUGUGUUGGAGCUGUCAUCUGUGGCAUAUGUAUAUUAUUCCUUAUUGGUAGUGUUUCAGUCACCAGAUCAUUGAUACUAACAGAAGCUGCGUGGCUUUCAGUAUUUUCGUUCUUUUCACUGAUAUCAACGGUUAUCUCUUUGUCAGUAACACAGAAGCCAUCGGUUAAUUAUACGUACGGCUUUGCUCGAGCACCUGUUCUUGCUGUCUUUGCUACAACCGUACUUGCAACUUUAGCAGCAAUAUUUUUGAUUAAAAAAAGUAUGGAGCAUAUUUUGGAGGAUGAUCAUCAUCUUCAUCCAAAUGGUUUAUAUAUUUUUGGCGCUAUUGCAGCAUCUGUUUCACUAGAAAUUGCUGCUUACGGUGUCAAAAAUCAACCAAUACAACAUGUACUUACUGCAUCCAGCAAAGGGAAAGGAAAAGGAGUAGAGGGAGAAGAUGCAGAAGAGAAAGGAAAAGGAGUAGAGGGAGAAGAUGCAGAAGAGAAAGGAAAAGGAGUAGAGGCAGAAGAUGAAAGUAGAUUAAUGAUCUUCCCGGUGAAAGGUGAAGAUUUGGAAGGAAAAGAACAUUUUGCUGAUAUUUCCCAUGCAAUCUGUUACAUUCUGCCCGGUCUUAGCGUACUUUUAUUGCCUAGACUGAAUGCAUUAUCACUUUUAGCUCUUUUAACAACUGUAGCAUGUGUAAUUACUCAUUGGUUUGUGUCGAAUUUUUGGUGGAUUGAUGCGGUUGCUACAUUAAUACUUUCAAUUUGCAUCUUUCUCACAAUGUGGCCACUGUCAAAAUAUACCGGUCGAAUUUUAUUACAAACUACUCCACCCCAUAUUCAUAAUCAAUUAGACAGAUGCAUAUCAGAAGCGUCGACAAUAGAUGGAGUUCUAGAAUUGCGGCUGGCUCACUUUUGGCAGUUGGACUUUACAACAAUGGCUGGUACAGUAGAUGUUCGAGUACGUCGAGAUGCUGACGAACAGUAUGUGCUAGCGUUGGUUACAGAAAAGCUUUCUGCUGUAAUCUCCAUAUUAACAGUGCAGGUUGUUAAGGAUGUAGUAACAAAUUGGCAAGGGACAUGUAAAACGCAAUCAGUACCAUACGACCUGCUUCGAGCUCCACAAUUUCAUUCUUCUCGUUCAUUAAAUCAAUUCGAAGAAUCAUCUUCCCAUUCUCAUUCUCAUUCCCAUGAACAUGAACAUGGCAAUCCCGAUGAAGGUCAUGGCCAUUCACAUAAUGUUCAUCAUAGACUUGAUUAA